CUCUCUCAGUAGGAUAAAUGUGAGUCUCUCUCUCUCUCUCUCUCUCUCUCUCUCUCUCUCUCAGUAGUAUAAAUGUGAGUGUGUAUCUGUGGUGAGAGUCACUCUGCUGUAUGCGCUCUCCGGCGGCGGUUCUCUGGCGCGCUCUGCGUGGUGUGUAACCGGCUGCGUGGCGGCGGUGCGGUGCGGUGAUGCAGUCCUCGCUGCUGGCUCUGGGACACGGGUUCGGGAUGCCCACCCCGGCCUCCUCCGCCUGGAGGAACUGGUCGGUGCAGGAGCGCGUGAACGGGACGGCGCCCGGGGAGCUGGACGCGCUGGACAGCAGGCGCGCGCAGUACGGGCAGUUCUCUCAGGGGGCCUCGGUGUUCCUGGCGGUGCUGAUGACCCUGCUGGUGUUCGCCACCGUGCUCGGAAACGCGCUGGUCAUCCUGGCGUUCGUGGUGGAGAAGAGUUUGCGCACCCAGGGCAACUUCUUCUUCCUCAACCUCGCGAUAGCGGACUUUCUGGUCGGUGGGUUCUGCAUCCCGGUCUACAUCCCGUACGUGCUGACCGGAGAGUGGAGGCUGGGCAGAGGGCUCUGUAAGCUCUGGCUGGUGGUGGACUACAUGCUGUGCACCGCCUCAGUCUUCAACAUCGUGCUAAUCAGCUUCGACCGCUUCCUGUCCGUCACCAGAGCGGUAAAUUACCGCAAUCAGAAGGGUGUGACCCGCGAGUCCAUCAUGAAGAUGCUCUGCGUCUGGCUGGCGGCCUUCCUGCUCUACGGUCCGGCCAUCAUCAGCUGGGAGCACAUCGCUGGGAGGAGCGUGGUGCCCAACGGGGAGUGCUACGCUGAGUUCUACUUCAACUGGUACUUCCUGAUCACGGCCUCCACCGUCGAGUUCUUCACGCCCUUCAUCAGCGUCACCUACUUCAACCUGAGCAUCUACAUUAACAUCCGCAACCGCUGCGCUCUCAGAGAGGACCAGACGGCCUGCCUGCACCCCAGGAGCUGCGAGGCCAGGCCGUUCGCCGGCGCAGAUCUGCAGCGGGUGUUCUUCGUCCGUCCGGCGGAGCCCGCUAGCGUAGUGGACGUGCCCUCCAGGUCCCGCUGCUGCCGCCUCUACAGCGCCAGAGUGUCGGCUUUCGAGUGCGAUAACCCGAGCAGGAAGCGACGGGUCAGCACCAUCCCGGACCUUCCGCCUCUUCAGGUUGGAGAUAUCGUUCAGUCGAGUGAGAAGCGCUGUAACUGCAUGGACCCCUGGAGAAGGCGCAUGGACACUUCGAACAGCCUGGCCAGUCGCUUCCGUCUUUCCAGGGACAAAAAGGUGGCCAAGUCUCUGGCCGUCAUAGUGUGUGUUUUUGGCCUGUGCUGGGCUCCAUACACGCUCCUCAUGAUCAUCCGCGCCGCCUGCCAGGGCCAGUGUGUCCAGCACUACCUUUACGAGAUAUCCUUCUGGCUCCUGUGGAUUAACUCGUCCAUCAACCCCGUCCUCUACCCUCUGUGCCACACCAGCUUCAGACGAGCCUUCAGCAAACUGUUGUGCCCAAACAAAAUUAAAAUUCAGCCUCAGUACAUGGACCAGAAGUACUAGAAAAGUACUAAAAAAAAGUACUUUUUAAAGACAGAACUGACUGAACUGUGUACGUAUGUUUCUAUGUGUGUGUGUGUCUAUCAGGAUGUGUAGUAAUCUCCUAUCAGUGUUUGUGCAAAAGCUUUAGUACUGAAUGAAGUUAUUUAUCUGUUUAAUUUGAUGUUAUUUAUUUUUGUACUACAGUACUACUGUACAAGGGUUGUUAUUGCUCUUACACUGUGCCGGCUCCUUCUUCCUUUACGUUCCCAGUGUGAUCAUGUCUUACUGUCUUACUGUUUAAUGAAAAAAAAAAUAUGUCUUUUUGAAUGAUUCAGAAUGAUUACCGUUUUUUUUUUAUUUAAUAAAAUGUUAAAAAUAAUGAGA